UACCAACUACUCCACUAGUCCACUGGUCACAUGGACACUCAACUUACGGCGUGUAAUACGUAGUCCCUACCAAGAAUUUGAAUUCAAAACCAAACCCUAAAACCCUCUCUUCUUCUUGCCCCCCAUUACUAACUUCUGAAAACCCUAGAGCCUCUCAUUUUCGAUCUCAGUACCAAACCCUAAUCCAUGGCGAAAAAGAAAACAAAACAACAAUCCGAAGAAAACAAUUCGCCCACAACCGAACAUGAAAUCCCUCGCCAAACUAUUGAAGACGCUGCUUCUGAGAAACUCGACAGCUUGAAAUCGCUAAAUGCUAUGUUGCUCAAAGAGACUGUCGAGCGCCGUCAUCAGGUGGAUUCGCUGACACAGAUUAACUGCUCUCUGGAAUCUGAACUGAAUCGGUGUAAAUCCGACAAGGUUUCGUUGCAAUCUGAGUUGAGCGGGUUAACUGAACGAGCAGUGACGUUAGAGAUCGAGAAGGAAUCGGUUUCUAAGGUUGUUGCUUUGCAGUUGGAUGAAAUGACGGAGGUUAGUCGUAGGGAGAAGGCUGCAAUGGAGGAGAAAAUCGGAGGUUUGGAGAGAGAAAUGAGUCGGCUUUUGGAGGAGAAAAACGCCAUUGAGAAAACGAAGAAAUCGAAGGAAUCAGAAAUUGGUUCUCUGAACGCCAGAUUGAAUACACUUGUGACUCAGAUCGGUGAAGAGAAUGUCGCUUUGUCAAAGAUUUGUGAGGAAAGAGAUGGAAUCAGAGCACAGCUCCAUGAUCGGAUUCAAUACGAGAAAGGGUUGAGAUCCAAACUAACUGAAGCAGAGAAGAGGGAGGCGGAGAUUACUGAAAAUUCCCAAAAAGUUAAGGCUGCUUACCUUGGUUUAAUCGAGGAGAAGAAAUCACUUGAAAGAAAGGUGGAUUCAAUCCUGAAAGAAAAAGAUCUGGUUGAAAUGAACUUGGUUGAAUCAAAUCGUGUAGUUGAUGUUUUGAAGAGAGAUAUUGAGAAGAUGAUGAAAGAGAAGAUGGAGAUUGAUGACGAUAGAGAUGUUCAAGAGAGAAAGAAAAACGAGUUACAUGUUUCUGUUCAUAGGCUGAAUGAAUUGGUCUAUAAGCUUAAAAAGGGGGAAGAACAAUUGCUUAUGAAAGUUGCUGAUUUGGAGAACAGACACGCCAUGGAUUCUGAAAAGGAAGCCAAAAUGAGUAUAGAGAUCAAUAUCCUGGUGCAAGAAAAACAAGAAUUGGAGGCAAGUAUUCAAAAACUGACUCAAGAAAAGUGUUUGGUCUCCAAAAAUUUGCAGGAGGCUUUGAAGAUGAUAGAACACCAGAAACUUACAAUCAACCAAAUGUUAGAAGAGAAAGCAAAGAUCGAAGAACAGUCUAACAAAUUCAAGAGCACAAUCGCAACACUUGAGAACUCCAACAAGAUUCAAAUCGAUAAAAUCAAGCAACUAGAGUCUGAAAUCAACAACCAGAAAUCUGCAUUCGAUCGAGCCACAACCGAAUCGAAAAAUACUCGAGCCAAACUUGAUGAAGAAAAACUCAAAUUGAAGAAUUCAAAUGAAAAGAUUUCCAAAAUGGAAAAGGGUGUUGAAGAAACACGCAAGAAACUUUCAAAGAUGACAACAGAAACUGAAAAACUCGUUGCAGAAAAGAACAAGUUAGCAGAAUCACUUGCCAAAACCCAAAAGGAACAUGAUGACACAAAAGCCAAACUAAAACUAUCCGAAGGUAAAAAGAAUCAAAUCUUGAAGAUCUUGAAAACCACCAAUGUGAUUCGUAGCUCAAAGGAAGAUGACAACAUGGGUAUUGAUCAAGAAAUCAAGAAUCAUGUAACAGAAACUGAAGCAAUGAAGAAAGCAUUCAAGGACAAAGAGACUAAUGUGGAAGAAUUGAAGAAGCAACUUGAAUUGGUUAACAAAGGUAAGAGUUUCUGGACAAUGGUGUCUUCUGCAACCACUGUUCUAGCUGCUAUUUCUUUAGCUUAUGUUGCUCGAAGCUGCUGAAUCAAUGGUGGAUUUUGCUAAUCCCAACAGGUUUAAUCCGUGUUCUUGUUAGGAUGACAAUAAUGGAAGAUGGGGUAAUUUUGUGGUUUUGAUCAAAAUUUAUCAAAUGUUCCAGUGUUGGACAAUUGUACUAAUUGCAACAAUUUUUGGAUUGCUAAUGCUAUGGUGAUUUUGACA